AUGAUAAUUGAAGCUGCGCCAAAGCCAUUGUGCAUCAAUCAGGACUGCUUAAAAGAAAUUGUUUCUCGAUUGGACCGCCAUGAUCCAAUAACAAUUGUUCAACUUUCUCGUACUUGUUGGACAGCAAAUUAUGUGUGCAAUCAAAUGUACACAAAGUUUGACCAGAUUAAGAUCAAGUUACGGGUGGAGAUAGAUUUGGAUAGGAAAGCCGCUAUGUAUACCGCCGUACCAGACUGGUGCAAGAUGUCCCAAUAUUACGGCGGUGAGGAGAGGAAAGAGUGCUUUGAGGCGAAGACCAGAACUGUUGUCUCGACGGAUCUUUCUAUGAAAAAAAUGUUGGCGAAAUUGCGUUAUGCAGUUAUUGAGGAAACUCAAGUUGCGUUUACAGGGUAUGAUUAUGAGCCUAAAUUUGUUACUGGCUUUACUCAAGAAAAUUUAAAAGCAUCGAGAAAUAUCAGUAACGUUAUUUGGUGUCCACAAACGCUUGGUGCUCCUUUGAUGGAGCUGUGGCCCUCGCGUAGACCGCUUGAUUGUGUCAAUAUUUUAAGCUUAUACGGUUUUGCCAUUCAAGACUUGGAAGAUGCUAGAGUUCUUUUCCAAACGCAAUGCCAGUUAUAUGAUUGUUUGGCAAAGAGUCGAGUUAAUGGCUAUUUCAAGAAACUAAACAACACCACUGAGAAUAUCUUCCGAAUGGUUCUGUACCUUAUUGACAAACUUUCUGGCACAGAGCCUAGAGGACAGCCGUUAUUUGGUCUUUGUUUUUUGCUCUCUGAUCGGAAAAAUGUGGGGUCUCUGAUUGGCAGGUGUACUGCUUUGGAGGACGAGCACAGUAUGGUCGCACACUGCGAAGUGUUCUCCGCUGGAAAAUCUAUAAGAUUAAGUUUGAUAAAUAAAAAUUUUUUAAAUGUUAAGUCAAAAAUGGAUGUAGAAGGCGAAGAAGAUGAACUAUGGCUCUCCAACUCUACUGCAAUUCCGAUUUGGAUGUUUUCAAAUUUUGAUUUAGGUGUCAAGUACUUAGCAUUGGAAACGCUGCUGGCAAGUAUUUUGGUAGUAGCAGCUGGACCAACCGUCUCGUAUUCGUUUAACCCAAUGUCGGUGAUAAGGGUACUGAUGGGCAUUGCAGUGGACAUAAUUAGCGGUGUUGUAACUUACCAUUUCUUGCUAAGGGUUGAUAGAGCAAACACACUUGAAUUUCUCAUUUGA